GCGGUUCAAAGGAUCAAACUGAUUUGAACUUAAUUUAAAUUUGUUUCUUCAAAAUAAGAAGCCUUUUGUACAUAGCUCAUUAACAUAAUUAAAAUAAAAAUCAUUACAAAAUUGUUAUCUCAACUCUUUAAAGUCCGUCAUUGUCAUAUUGUUUACAUAUUAGGAGGGCAUCUAAAUCAAAUAAGAAAUUGAAAAUAUCUUUGAGAAUAUGACACAAUUGUUAAAAAAACCAUAUCACAUUAAAAGAAUCAAAUUGAUCAACAUCGUCAAAAAAUAUGAUGUACUUUACAGAAGAGACAAGAUUUGGCAGCGUAAAGAGAAGAAAAAGGCAUGGCACAAGGUAUUCCUGGAAUACAGUGAAAUAGAUGAAAAAGCAUCAACAGAAUAUUGCAAGAAAACAUGGGAUUCUAUUCGCACAUAUUUUGUAGGAACUCUGUCGAAUAAGUCUUCCAAAGAAUAUUUGUAUACGCCUUAUUUACAACACAUUCUUCCUGAAAUUAAAUCAAUUUAUUUGCCCAUAAAAGAAGAAAACGGAAAACAAGAACCAACAGCAUCAACAUCGAAGAUAGAAAAGUCAAACGAAAACGAUAUGAUGACAUCGACAUCAUCAAAAAUUCUUGCACCAAUAAUCCAUGAAUAUGAUAAAUUUCUUGAAGAGAUGACGAAGAAAUACAUCGAAGAAAUUAAUAAUCACACUAAGAAAUUAUUCGAACAAUGCUGCAACGAUAUCAACAAUCACGUAAAAGCGACAUUAGAGAAAUUCGUGAAAGAACUUAAUUUAAAUCCAAUAGUGAACGUUGAGCCAAUAUCGAUAGACAAGUCUUCUAGUGUCACUCCCAGUCGUGAAACUUCUACAGAUGCACUAGAAUCAGGAACCAUAGCAGAUAAUCGUAACGAAUAUUGUUCGUCUUACACGUCCCCAACACCAGAAAAGCUGACUGUUGAAGAUUCAUCACAAAAUAAUGACUUCCCAGUUAGGGGAUUCUCUUCAAUUGUUCCAUACAAAUCAUUGAUGAAACGAUAUUCAACACCUGAAAGAUCGAAUUAUGGUAGACACAAAUCUUCAAAUGAAUACAGAACUGAACGUUAUCGUAGAAAAGUUCGUUGGUCAUCUCCUUGCAGAAAUUACAAUACGAGAAGACGAUCAAGAUCACCAUCGACGCGUCAGCCAAAGCCACAAAUUGGAACACAAUCAAGUUACCGACGAUUCUCAGUACAGGAAAGAUGUCUUCAAUACCGACCACAAAAAAGAUAUCGUCGAUAUCCAUCACCAACAGGACAUUGGUAUUAGACGUAGGCUUAGGUUAGUUCUUAAGCCUUCAAGAAAUUGAAACAAAUAAUUUUUUGAAUAUUUGAAUUUGAAUUUGAAAUCGAUUGAAUUUACUUUUUUUCAUAAGUUUUUACUAAUAUUAUUGAAUAGAAUUAUAAUAAAUAUCUUUGAAAUCAA